AUGAGGACUUACGACGACGUCUUCUCCGGCCAGAGAAUCUACCCUGGAAAGGGUAAGCUCUACAUCCGAGGCGACAGCAAGAUCUUCCGAUUCCAGAACAGCAAGACCGAGUCGCUCUUCCUCCAGCGAAAAAACCCCCGCCGAAUCUCCUGGACCGUCCUCUUCCGACGACAACACCGCAAGGGUAUCUCUGAGGAAGUUGCCAAGAAGCGCACCCGGCGCACGGUCAAGUCUCAACGAGCCAUCGUCGGCGCGUCGCUGGAUGUGAUCAAGGAGAAGCGGUCCAUGCGACCGGAGGCGCGGUCGGCAGCGCGCCAGCAAGCCAUCAAGGAGAGCAAGGAGAAGAAGGCGGCGGCGGCCGCCGCCAAGAAGUCCGAUAAGGCCAAGAGUGCCGCCGCCUCUUCCAAGGGCCAGACCCAGCGCAUCGUCGGCAAGCAGGGCGCCCGUGGUGCUCAGCCAAAGGUCCAGGCCAAGACCCGUUAA